GUCAGAGGCGGUCAAUCACACUUUCAUCAUCUCACCUAUAAAACCCAAAGCUUGGACACACACAACACAUGACCUAGCUAGCUUGAUGCAAGAAUUAUAGUAGUAAUUAAGUAGCUAGCUGGCUGGCUAAACCAUCUUAAUUCUCAUAGAAUGAAGGAAGGAGCUAUGGAGAAAGCCGUCCCCAAAAGAAUGAAGGGUGGAAUGAUCACCAUGCCAUUCAUAUUUGCCAAUGAGGUGUGUGAGAAGUUGGCCGUGGUGGGAUUUGCAGCUAACAUGAUUAUCUACUUGACCACUCAGUUGCAUCUUCCGUUGACUAAAGCGGCGAAUACUCUCACCAACUUCGGCGGAACCGCCAGCCUGACCCCCUUGCUCGGAGCUUUUCUCGCCGACACCUUCGCCGGAAGGUUUUGGACCAUAACUAUUGCUUCCAUCAUCUAUCAAAUUGGCAUGACUCUCUUAACAAUAUCGGCAAUACUACCACAAUUAAGGCCACCACCGUGCAAACCAGACCAUAGUUGCCAGGAAGCGAACUCGGGACAAAUUGCGGUCCUUUACGUCUCCCUACUCCUAACCGCUUUCGGGUCGGGCGGGAUCAGGCCGUGUGUGGUGGCAUUUGGGGCUGAUCAGUUUGACGAGGCCGACUCGCAACAAAAGACACAAACAUGGAGAUUCUUCAAUUGGUACUACUUCUGUAUGGGAGGAUCCAUGCUCGUGGCGGUGACCGUGGUGGUUUAUAUACAAGAUAACAUUGGCUGGGGGUGGGGAUUCGGCGUCCCCACCAUAGCCAUGGCAAUCUCGAUUGUCACGUUUGUUUUCGGGUACCCUUUGUAUCGGAACUUGGCUCCCGCGGGCAGCCCUUUCACGCGGCUCGUGCAAGUGUGUGUGGCCGCAUACAAGAAGAGGAAGGUGCCCAUGGUCUCCGAUCCGGCAAUGCUUUAUCAAAAUGAGGAGCUUGAUUGUGCUAUUUCUCUCGCAGGGAAGCUUUGUCACACUAAACAUAUGAAAUUCCUUGACAAGGCAGCAAUUGUAAUGGACAACGAGGACCCAAAAUGCCCCAACCUAUGGAGUCUAAACACAGUCCACCGGAUAGAAGAGCUCAAGUCCGUGCUCCGGAUGGGCCCAAUAUGGGCAUCCGGAAUCAUUCUCAUCACAGCCUACGCCCAGCAAAACACAUUCUCAAUCCAACAAGCAAAAACCAUGGAUAGACACCUCACAAGCUCCUUCCAAAUCCCGGCCGCCUCCAUGUCCGUCUUCACCCUCUCGUCAAUGCUAUGCACCAUUGUCUUUUACGACCGCGUCUUCGUGCCCGUGGCCCGCAGGAUCACGGGCCUCCAACGCGGUGUCUCGUUCCUGACCCGCAUGGGGAUCGGGUUUGCCAUCUCCAUCUUUGCCACCCUCGUGGCAGGGUUCGUGGAGACGAAGCGCAAGCACGUCGCCUCGGCCCACGGAUUAACCGACUCGACGGAUGUGACGAUACCGAUCCCGGUUUUCUGGCUGGUCCCGCAAUAUUGCCUGCAUGGAAUUGCCGAGGCCUUCAUGUCGAUCGGGCACCUCGAGUUUUUCUAUGAUCAAUCUCCCGAAAGCAUGAGGAGCACUGCCUCGGCAUUGUUCUGGACCGCCAUUGCGGCUGGGAACUAUGCAAGCUCAUUUUUGGUCUCUUUGGUGCACAAGUACAGCUCGGGCCCGGAUGGAUCAAAUUGGCUUCCGGACAACAAUUUGAACAAGGGGAAAUUGGAGUACUUUUAUUGGUUGGUCACACUUUUACAAGUGUUCAACUUUGUUUACUACCUUUUUUGCGCCAAGUUCUAUACUUUCAAACCAAUUGAGAUCCAAAAGAGUGAAAAGGAUGAGUCUAAAGAGAAGGGAAUUGAGCUUCCCAACAGUGUUUAGUUUAAUUAAUUGCCUGUAAUUAGUAUAGUUAAGCUAAGAAUAUGUGUCUUGCUAAAAAGUAUCAUAUCCUUAAAUACUACGAUAUGGUCUUGGGUGUUGUUGAGAGAUUCAAGAGUAUAUACUCGUAUAUCCUAUUGUGUAUUGUUGCAAGAGGAAACAUCAUCACACAAGAAAAUAAUCAAUGGAUGCGUGGG